CAACUAUAACCAGCGGGAUUGAUUGACUGCUUCAUAUCCGUACAGCAUCUACUAUUAGAUCCAAGAGCAAGAUGACGCCGAACAUCAUGAAAGGUCAGACCGACACGUCCAAGUUCACAGGGCAAGGACCCGAGUCCAAGGAAGAACACCCUCACAAUAACCCCGUCAUGGAGUACAAUCCUGCUCCAGGUGCCAAGGCUCCGGUUUUAAGCUCCGAGGGUUCAGUCGGGAAGCAAUUCACGGCAGAUGGUGCUGUCGGCGGCACAGCCCAAAAGAUCGGAGGUCCCCUGGAUCAAAACGGGAUGAUUGGGGGAAUGUUCAAAGAAGACGGCGCGAUUGGCGGGACGGUGAACAAGAUGGCCGGCGGCAAAUCAUAAGAAUGAGACCAAAAUGCGGUGAAGUGAACAUUCGAGGUCAUCUGUAAAUACAUUUGGCGUCACAGAGGCCCAAAACUCGACUUGUGACACCCAAGCAAGCUGAGAUGGAUGAGAAAUCGAUGGACGAUGGCAAUGCUAAG